AUGGACGCAGACACUCCAAUACCGAGCAUUGAGCCGCCUCAGCAGAACCACAAGGCCGUCGGUAGCACGUGGAUAGCUCGCUACGAACAGCAAAGAUGGCCAGUCGUGCUCUGCAGUGAAAAUGGCCCCCCCGAGGCGUUCAUCAAGACACGCCCAAAACACAAUGGCGUACGGCCUGCCAUCCUGCUGGGAAUACAUAAGUACAUCUGGGUCAUCGAUGAUCUGCUAGAUGAGUACGAACCGAGUUAUGGCUACCUAAAUGGAGCACCCAAAUUCUCUGUGGAAGAACUGCAGCCACACGACGAUGAUCAAACGAAGACGGAGAAGUUUCGUGACAUCGCAUUCCGUUGUGAUGCUCCUGAGAUGAGACACGAUCAGUAUUGGCACAAUUUCAUACGACAGCAAGCAGCAGCUCGCAAACUCGAGAGGAAGAUAAUGACGAGGAAGAAGAGCAAGCGAAGAAACGCCAGCACUACUGAUAGCUCCUCGUCUAUCAUCGAACUUGACGGGUCCGAGCGUGAUGGACAUGACACCUGGCUGACUCCAGAUUCCUCGCCGCCUCCAGCACAGCAUGCAAAGCGUGCAAAAGGCGAGAAGACGAAAGACGUGAUCGAGAUCGAUGAUCACACCGACUCUGACGACAAUAUGUCUUCAGACGAGUCUUUUUCGGGCAAAGACAGCUGCCACAUCCUAGUCGGGCAGGCCAAGAUGUCCUAUGUCCUGCACAAGAAACACCUUCGGGGCUGCGACUACCUGCUCGAUUUGCGGGAGAAGAACGGUCUUUCGGGCGGCUCACUCAUCGAUCUGACCACCAACGAACGUGCUAUCGCGAGGAAGCUUUCUCCGAAGGACUUCGACCGGAUCGUCCGCUUCAUGAAGACCAGAGACGUUGGUCCAAAGUACAUCAACGCACGAGGCGACAACCCGCGAAUCUCCAAAGAAGACAGCACGCCGGAGCAGAAGACCAAAUGGGCUGAGCAGCUCGUUUGUGCCUUUGUUGCUGCGAGCAAAGUCCAAUUCGAAGAAAUGCAAAAGGUCAUCUAUGACAAAUUGAAGACCCUCUAUCCGCUUGACAGUCCUGGCAUAUGCACGAUCGCGUGUACCAUCUCCUGUAUGGGCCUGCCAGAGAACGACACCGAACAGGAGCUGGCCAGCUUUGUUAUUGAGCAUAUCACGGACUACUUCUACAAGAUCGCGAAAGAGCAAGGCUCAUCUUUGCAGAGAAUCCUGGAAGAGAGCAAAGAUCUCAGGAGAGCUGUCUUUGAGCAUCUCAUCGAGAACGGCAUGGCUGGAAAGCUAGGGUUGGACUAA